AUGGCUAGCCUCAGCUUUAUAAUGGAUGUCAACGACGACCACCCUCCUGGCGCCCGAUCCCCCCUCAAUAAAAGGGCCAGGGCCGCUAAGAACUUGACCAGUGCCGCCCCGCUCCAAGAGACAACCCCCAACCCAGAGGCCAGGCCAAAACAUGUCACUGAUCCCGGCCCGGCCACCACCCAGCAGGAUAUCAACCAAGCCGCCCCCGUUGGCUCGACUAAACGGCGCGGUACUUCGUCACGGGGUCUUGGUUCCGCCGCAGCAUCAGCGCAGGUAGAAAUAGGACCCGGGACACAAGACAUCACCACUACAUCGUCUUCGACCCCGUCUUCGCCGCCUCUGUCGGGGUUUACAACCCGCAAGUCGAAACGCCAACGGAGCACCACUAGCAGUGACUCGAUGGACCGGUCACGGUAUAGCUCGGCCGCCUCGCCGUCGUCUAUGCCAAGGGGCCCGCAAAGGCCCAUGCCUCUCCAUCCUGUGACGACUCAGUACACACCCAAGAUCACUCCCAAGACUGGGCGGGUCAGCAAGGCAAAGAAGGGCCUGCCGGUCCAUGUCUGCGACAUCUGUCGACCUCCGAAGACAUUCACAAGGGCCGAGCAUCUAAGGCGACACCAACUUGGCCACGGAGAACCGCGAUUCCAGUGCCCCGGUUGCGAUAGGGCGUUCCACCGCGCCGACCUGUUGGUGCGGCAUCAGGAGAAGCACAAGCAUGACGGCGACGACUUGUCCAAGGCAGGGUCCCCGCAACACAGCCCGCGCCCGUCAUCGGCAGGGCUCUCUUUCCAGCCUCAACGCUCGUCACCGACGCCCUCUCGGCCAAUUGCUUCUCCCGCGGCCACUGAGACCCCGCGCACACCCGGUGUCAACGGUGGGAACCAGCCCGGCUUCUCACACGCGAGUCAAGACUUCCGUGGCGGCUACCCGUUCCCCCCGACCAUCUCUAUCGUCAACCCGGCACAGCCAUCCUCGCUAUCGGGUGCCUACCACGAUGACCUAGACGGUUACCAGCCCAGGGCUGGCCCGCCGCCGUCCAUCUGUGUGGUCACGCACGGCCCGCAAUUCCAGUCCGAUAUGCCGGAACUCCCUGACGCCUCCCCGUUACCCUCAUCUGCUUCGGACAGCACAACCUAUUCGACGCCGGUAUCAGACGUCUCGAGAAAUCCACGCCCCUGGGCGCGACACCGGUCGCCGUAUCCCAGCGCGGCACCGCGCGGCCUCGCGAGCUCCGGGCCGGGACUUGAAGCAAACCCAUCCUUCGCCGAUCCUUCCUUCAUGAACCCAUAUUCGGACCACCGCCAAGCCACGGAUUCUACAUUUGACGGGACGCUGACCGUACCAUCAUCCUUAGAGUACACUACAGCCGGCGCCGGCCACCACCCCCCCCCCUUGAGUGCCACUUCUAACGGCACUAUCCGGGCGCAUCAGCAUCAGCACAGCAGCUCUAUUUCCUCCCUCCGUGGCCAAACGCCGCCCAUGGAUGCGUCAUCUCACGGACCUUCCGGACCCAUUUACGCAUCUGCCUCUCAUCUCCCGAGGCAUCUCGACCCGGCGGUGGACCUCGAUCGCCGAAAGGGGCUCAUCCAUCAUGAUCUUCUGGAUUCGCAUGUGGCCAUGGAUCUCGGGCUAUCUGUCGGGUACGCGGCUGCGAGUCCAGGAACCGACAAUGCUAGCCAUAGUAGCGACCUGGUUCCGGAGCUUGAUCUGGCUUUUAUUGGCGGGUGUGCUUUGCCAGGGCCCCCUUCCAUUACCAUUCCGCUCCCGGGGCCGGUCCGCGCUGCCAUCCCUCGGUAUAUCGAGGUUUACUGGGCCCAGGUCGACCCGAUCCUACCCUUCAUUCACUACCAAUCGGAAGACCGCACUCGUGGAAACCAGCUGCAUGAGUUUGCAUGGCAGGAAGUGAAGCGGAUACCCCAAUGGAGCCUCCAAACGAUGCAGGCCAUUCUUCUCUGCGAGUAUUUCGCCCGCUUCCGGGGCCGCAAAGCCGUCACACGACCCUCGAAGCCGUUCGAGUCUUUGUAUUCGAGGGUGAGUGCUUCGCGGUCUUUUAGUAUUCCACCGUCCUCUGCCCUUGCCGAGGACAACGGCCUCUGGCUCGUCGACACUACAGCCUGGUCCCCUGCAUCUUCCCCCACGUCUUCUAGUUCUUCCCUUUGUGAUGCCGCGACACCGACGUCCAGCACCAUGUCUCCUUUUGCUCUGCGCCAUUUGAGUCCGCUGCAGUCCGUUCCCUGGGGCAGUUUCCCAUCUUCCCGGGUCCGGUCGUCGGCUACUUCUCCGUUUGGGACCACUUUUGCUUCUUCAGACUCGUCCUUGGCUUUCGUUUUCCCCCGUUCUAUGGGGAGUAAUCUUAAUCUUAAUCUUCCUUCUGCUUCUUCACCCUCUUCUUCUCCUUAUUCUCGGUCCCGAACACAGCCGUCCUGGUCUUCUCUCUUUGAUCCCGACCGCCAAAGCCCGGUGGCUACCACGGCACCUUCUCUUCCUCUCGCGGCUCCUCUUCUUCAGGCUCCCGGACAAGCAUACUCACACCGGGUUUUGAACCAACAGGUCCUGUCUCAAAACACGGCCCUCCUGGACCACGCCCUGCUCGCCGCCGAGCAACAGCGCCUCCCCUCCCUCCAUGACCGGUGGCGUAGCUGGGUCGACACCGAGUCGCGCCGCCGCCUCCUCGCCACCUGCGUCUUCGUCGACGGCCACGCUGCCAUCUACCAGCAGCAGCGGCGCUCGCAGGACGCCGAGGUCGGCGGAGCGAUGCAGCCGAUCCCCCUCCUCGGCCGAACCACCAAGCCGUGGGAAGCCACCUCGGUCGAAGAAUGGGCCAACACCGUCGCGGCCGACCCAGGCUCGCUCGAACCCGAACACGUGCUCCCUCUCGAGCACCUAACACGCGAAGACGUAACCAACCGCACCCCGACCGACCGCGUGAUCAUCCUCAGCGUCCUCGCGCAGCGCCUGCCCCGCCGCCAGCGCCCGCCUCCCACCUUCCUCCAUCUCCGCCAACAACUUCCCCGCGCCGGAGCUAGACCCCCAUUCCCACCACUUCACCAACCACACCAGAAGCGGCUGCGCCUGUGGGUGACGGUCAACCCGCCGUUCUGCACGCCGUCGGGCGCCGCCGGCGCGGGCGGGGUGUUGGCGGGGCUGAGCGUGCUGCGCGCGACGGUGUAUGCGGCGAGGGCGGUGUUGGCGUUCUUGGGGCGUCAGUCUGCGGGGGAUGGUGGUGGGGGUGGUGAGGGUGAUGAGGAGGGGAGUGGUGGUGGCAGUGGCAGUGGCAGUGGCUCGCCGUGGUCCGAGGAUAUGUCGGAUUAUUGGGCCAUGUAUGUGUGUGCGCUGAUUUGCUGGGCGUUCACAUACCCUGCCCGAGGCGGUGCUGCGGAUGGGCAGGGUCAGGGCCAGGGCCAGGGCCAGAGUGGUGCUGGAGGUGGUGGUGGUAGUGGUCGGGGCCGUAGCGCGAGUGGCGCCCCUGGUGGCCCUGCCGGAGGUGGAAGCGGGGCGAACAGUCCUGCUCUGACGCCGAAUGGCGCUGCCGCUGUGGCGUCGGAUGAGGAAGCCGUUGGAUGGCUGCGCCUGGUGGCGGCCGAGGGCGUCCGGCUUGAGGAUGUGGUGCGCGUGCGCGGGCGGCGAGAGGCGUUUGGGGUGGUGGGGUUGGUGAGGAAGAAGUUGGAGAGCGACUGCGUUGGCGGGAGGAGCAGGCUCUAUGUGGACGCCGUUGGGGUGUUAAGGAAGCUGGAAGAGGGGAUGGGGUUGAAACCGUUCUGA